AUGCCGCCCUCCACACGCUCACCCCUCCCAACACUCCUCCUCACCGAAGCCGUCCUCAAACUGCUCGGCGGCGCCAUCUUUUUCCUCUCACCCACCAGCGUUCUCAAAAACCUCGCUUCACAGCCCUACUCCCCAGCCUCACUCAGUCUGAUCCGUAGCCUGGGUACGCAGACCAUCGCAUUCAGCGUCCCGCUUUUUCUCUCGGCUAGAAGCGAUGCGAAGAGUGUGGGGAGUAGGAGGAUCGUGUAUUGGGGGCUGCUCGCGCGGGAGGGGGUACUGGCGCUUGGGUAUGUACUUCUCUCGUUGUCUACCAACCUGUAUAACCCGGUCUCCUGGGCUUGA